AUGGAGGCAUCAACAAGAAAACGUACACAUUUAUCAUCUUCUCAAGUGUCAGCACUUGAAGCUUCUUUCAAGGAAAACUCACUACCCGAUUCUACUACUCGCAGCCGGUUAGCUAAAGAGCUUUCUGUCACUGAAAGAACAGUGCAGAUUUGGUUUCAAAACCGUAGAGCAAAAGAAAAAAAGAUGAGAGCUCGCUUUACAGAAGAACAUAAAAGGGAACCUACAGCACCUCGUUAUCAACCGACAUUUCGCUCCAUGAUGACACCGGAAGCAUUUGAACAACCUAAUGAGUCUGAUUCAAUUCAAAAACGACCUCGUUCGAUUUCCAAACCUGAGAAACCCAAGGCAUCGCUUCAGUUAACGAGUGAACAAGAACAGUACAGUAGAGCUUUGUCCGAAGGCUUAACUAGUAGUAGUCAGCAAGCAUCAAGUCUUGGCUCAAAACAUAUUCCGCCUGUGAUUCCACUAGCACCUAAUAUACUCCGCAUAGGCACAUGGACAAGAUUUAGCUCUGAACAGCACCAGGACUGGGACUUGUGUUGCUAUGCUGUUCCUUCAGAUUGCAUGUUCGUCUGGAAAGUAAAGGCAGGACAGCAUCAGUUCAAGAUCGAAAUCCUCUUUGACCAAAUACAGUACAUCCACUUACACGCUAUUGGACAACUCGACAUUCACCUUAGUAGUCUACCUCUUUCGUUUGCCAUGCUGCGAUAUCAACAAGACCAGGAUUGGGUGCCCUGUGGUGACUUUACAGAGAUGCAACAAGCGAGUAUGGUGCCUAUUCAUACCUUACAAGGAAACUAUGAAUCGUUCAAGUAUGCUUUGCUCGAUCUAAUGGUGUUAGCACCUGAGUUAUCCACUAAACUGAUUAAUACCGUCGAUUUACCUGGCCUUGAUGAUAUCGGAAGGGAAUACACUCUGUCCCCAUCAGCUACACCCGAACCUUUUAUGAUGCAAUACACAGAGUCAUCCAAACUGCGAGCAAAUACGACACCAAUACAUCAUCUCAUGCUUCAAGCCCCCUUUUUUUAUCCUACCCAAUCGCCUCUUGACGAAGACAUGUCCCAUUCGGUUGAAUAUUACACUCCGCCUCCGCCUUUGAAUAGCUAUCACUCAUCUUUUAUAUAA